GGAGCGCUCAGAAGACUGAGGAGCAUAGCAGUGAAUCUCUAGUGUUAUCACAAUGGCUGUGCUUUGGGUGUUGUCUUUGAGGAUGUUGUGGAUUUCAUGCCUGUUGAUCAGCAGUGUAACUUGUCUCCCUGCACGGAAAGACUACGGCAGUCCUUACCCCGGUGGCUUUGGCAGUCCUUACCCCGGUGGCUUUGGCAGUCCUUACCCCGGUGGCUUUGGCAGUCCUUACCCCGGUGGCUUUGGCAGUCCUUACCCCGGUGGCUUUGGCAGUCCUUACCCCGGUGGCUUUGGCAGUCCUUACCCCGGUGGCUUUGGCAGUCCUGCAGCCGCUGGCAUCUCCGGAAGUCCUGCAGCCGCUGGCGGCUUCGGCAGUCCUGCAGCUGCCACUGGUGGUUUUGGCAGUCCUGCAGCCGCUGGAGGCUCCGGCAGUCCUGCAGCCGCUGGUGGUUUCGGCAGUCCAGCAGCCGCCACUGGUGGUUUCGGCAGUCCUGCAGCCGCUGGAGGCUCCGGCAGUCCUGCAGCCGCUGGUGGUUUCGGCAGUCCUGCAGCCGCUGGUGGUUUCGGCAAUCCUGCAGCCACUGGAGGCUCCGGCAGUCCUGCGCCCGUGGGUCCGAUGCAUUGGUCUUCUGCCUCAAGCUUCCCAAGAGAGUUCCACACUGCAUUGGGAGCCAAUGUCGACCUAGAACCCACUGGGAAUGAUGCUAGUGGAGUUAUUUCUGCGUCUGGUAACGCAGGUGGAGGCUCGGUUGGCACUGGAUUGUCUUCCAACUCCGGGUCCACAGGUGGUGAAGAUGGCUUUGUUGAGGAGGAACGCCCUCAGCCUGUGUUCAGUAACAUGUCAAACAUGGAACCAGUCUACACAUUCAGAUCUCGCUCGGGCUACCGGAAUGGAAGACGCCAUUUCUCCAAAACCCGCUACACUCCUGGAGAGAUGGUGUUUCCUCCUAGGCUGGUUGUCGAGCGCAUCCCUAACAAACCCGUCAACGCUUCACCCAAAGGCGGCCAGUGA